UUUUUUCUCCUGUCAUCAGUUUAUUCUUUGGGGACAUGAUGUAACAGAGUGAAAAAGCAACACUCACUUAUAGCAUAAUCUCCUCUUCCUCCAACACUGAGUGACUGUGACUGUCUUUACUGCAAGUUCUAACGUAGCACUGAUCGGUUGUUGCCCAUUUGGUCCACUGUCUUGGGUUAGUUAUCUCAAUCCUCGGGUGCCCUGGGUAAAAUGGCAAGUGCAGGUCCAGCCGCCUCUGCAUCGGCAGAGAAUUCGGGCCCUGGUGGAGCAAGUGGAAGUAGCAAUGGCGAGGGGGGCAGCCAGGACAGCACAUUUGAGUGCAACAUUUGCCUGGACACAGCCAAGGAUGCAGUGAUAAGCUUAUGUGGCCACCUCUUCUGCUGGCCGUGUUUGCAUCAAUGGUUAGAAACGCGACCAAAUCGGCAGGUGUGUCCCGUAUGCAAAGGAAUUAGCCGUGAUAAAGUAAUACCUUUGUACGGAAGAGGAAGCACGGGACAGGAAGACCCUCGGGAAAAAACUCCCCCACGACCUCAAGGGCAGCGACCAGAGCCAGAGAACAGAGGGGGUUUCCAAGGGUUUGGUUUUGGAGAUGGAGGUUUUCAAAUGUCCUUUGGCAUUGGAGCAUUUCCCUUUGGAAUGUUUGCUACAGCAUUUAACAUCAAUGAUGGUCGCCCUCCACCAGCUGUCCCGGGAACCCCUCAGUAUGUGGAUGAGCAGUUCCUGUCUCGUCUAUUCCUCUUUGUUGCCUUGGUAAUAAUGUUCUGGCUGCUGAUCGCUUGAGUAUCACAAAUUCCUAUGUGGAUGGCAGUAAGGACUGAGUGUCAUUCAUGGAUAUUAUCCCAAUCCCUGUGAUAUCUUACCCUGAACUUUGCACCAUAUCCUUCUUUGGCCUCUGAAGUGCUACUCCCUAGUCGCUGCUCUUUUGAUCACAAGAGAAAGGGCUGUUAGACAAGAGAGAAUAAAAGCACAAAAGUAUUAAUGGAUAUGGAGGAGCACUGUCACUGACAGGUGAAAAAAAAAAUAUAUGUAUAUAUACACUAUGCAGGAGAGGCACCAUUCUAGUUGGAGGGGGACAGGGUAAGAGUACUGAACGAAUGCAAAUCAGAAUAAUAAGGAAGCGCAUUUAAGUGUGGACACGAACAAAGGAACCUGAAGAAUAAGUAUAAAAGGCUGUCGGGGCGCUAAAGGCAAGCAUUGGAGGGGACUGCGUGGAAAGUACAUUGCAUCAUCUUGGUAAAUGGCAGAAAAAGAAUAUAUUUCUGGUGGACCACAUGACAUAUGCUGCAAGAUAAGAAGAGCUGAAAAAGAUAAAUGAAGUGAUUCGGGGGCAAUAAGACUUUGGACCAAAGAGUAAUAUUAGUAAAAGCUCUGGAUAAAGAGUGAAUUGUUUUCUUGUCCAAAUUGCAUGCCCCAAGACCUGCCCCAGAGCUCUAAUAAAAGAUGCCAUGCAGUCUGUAGAUACUCUUGAUGUGCUUCGGAGUUUAAGGGUGUUGAUUCCUCAAUUUUAUGAGAUUUUAAUAAUUUGCUGGGAUUAAAUGUUAAUUUUAAGAACUGU